AUGCCUAGGACGAAAUUUCUCUGUGAUGUUUUAGAUGAGUCUUUUUAUCAAACGUCUUAUCGAGAUCGUCGAAAUAAUGCUUCAAGUCGAGAACUGAAUAAAUCUCUCCUCAAAUCUUCCACUUUAUACGUUGGCAAUUUGUCCUUUUACACUCGAGAAGAACAGAUUUGGGAGCUCUUUAGUAGGGCUGGUGAGGUGCGCCGGGUUAUUAUGGGCCUUCACAGGGUUGAUAAGACACCCUGUGGUUUCUGUUUUGUGGAGUACGAGGACAGAGAGGGUGCUGAGAUGGCAAUGCGAUAUAUCAACCACUGUCGACUCGACGAUCGAAUUAUUCGAACCGAUUGGGAUGCCGGUUUUGUCGAGGGUCGACAGUUCGGUCGUGGAAGAAGUGGUGGUCAGGUGCGUGAUGAGUUUCGUAAGGAUUACGACGCAGACAGGGGUGGAUACGGCAAGAUGGCUCAGAGAAUGAUACAAGACUGA